AUGGCCGCCACUAUUCAGCUCUAUGUUGUAGCUUCUCUCCUAGCUGUCUCCUACGCUCUGUGGUAUCGCUCGAAGGCCAGGAAACGUAGUCUCCCGCCAGGUCCACAGCCAUAUCCACUGAUCGGCAAUCUGUAUGAUGUGCCUUCAGAAGCACCAUGGAGGACGUUCGCAAAGUGGUCCGAAAGAUAUGGUGAUAUGAUCUAUUUUCACACUUUGGGCAGAGAGGUGAUCGUCCUCAACUCGGCCACAAUCGCUCACGAGUUGCUGGACAAGAGGAGUGCAAUAUAUUCCUAUCGACCAUUCUUCGCCAUGGCAAAUGAAGUGAUAGGCUGGAAAUGGUCCCUUCCAAGCAUGGACUAUGGCGAGAAGUACAAACGCCACCGUAAAUAUCUGCAGCAGUUCUUUCAUAAACAGAACCUGCCGAAGUACUACAAUGUCGAACUGAAGGAGGUACACCGGCUGUUAAACGACCUUUUAGACGAUUCGGAACACUAUGCCGCUCACAUGAAGAGGCUCGCGGGCGGCGUAACGAUGAUGCUCACAUACGGGCACGAGGUCACAUCAUCAGACGACUCCUUCAUACGCAUUGCAGAGAAGGGUGUCUUGACGAUUGAGGCUGCCGGAGCCAUAGGUGCUCACAUCGUCGACUUCGUGCCCUGGAUAAGGCACCUUCCGGACUGGUUUCCUGGGGCAAGCAUCAAGCAUCUGCCUCCAGGAACACGGGAAGACUUGCAUGACUUCCUUCACAAGCCCUUCGAUUACGCGAAGGAGAGGCUAGCCAAGGGAACGGCUGUGUCGUGCUAUACUACGGCAUUACUGGAGGAGACCAAAGGUGAAGAUGACGAAGGUGUGAGAAGCACUGCUGCGAUUACGUAUUCCGCUGGCUUUGAUACCACCAUGUCGGCGUUGAUGACGGCCAUGAUUGCCCUCGUUGCUGACCCCGUGAUACAAGCACGGGCCCAGGCCGAAAUGGACAGCAUUAUCGGCAAAGAUCGUCUGCCUACAUUUGAUGACCGUGAAAAGCUUCUCUAUAUGCAGUGUAUUAUUACUGAAUCGAUCCGCUGGGGGGUGGCGACUCCAGUGGGGGUACCACAUCGGGUGUCUCAGGACGAUUACUAUAAUAGUUACUACAUUCCUGCCAACACCAUGAUCAUCGCUAACGCAUGGGCAAUGCUGCAUGACCCUCAAGUCUACCCCGAGCCUGAGAGGUUCAAUCCGGACCGCUUCCUUCACGGAGAAGGCCGCAACCCUCAGCCCGACCCCAGAGGACCGGCAUUUGGUUUCGGUAGACGGAUUUGCCCGGGAAAGGACCUCGCCGAAAACCACCUCUGGAUUACGAUUGCUUCCAUGUUCUAUGCGUUUAAGAUCACGCCAGCUGUGAAUGACAAGGGAGAAAAAAUCCCCAUUGACCUAGAGUUCUCGGAGCAUAGCAUCAGGCAUCCCAAGCCGUUCAAGUGCGUCAUCACACCCAGGCGGACAAAUUCAGUCGCUUUGAUACGGCAGACAGUGGAUAUAUGA